UUCUUUUUCCAGCUACCUUCCAUUUCUUUCUGUUUCCUACGUAUAAAAACCAGCUCGAACGAUUUCAUUAGAUUCAGCUUUCAAUUCCCAAGCCCGAGACAGAGAAACAUAGAGAAAAAUAAAGAAGGAUUUUGUUUUUAAAAGAUGGGUGUUGAUUUAGAGUCUUUAUCAGAGGCAGCUUCGGGUGCUCUAGGGUCACUGUUGAGCACCACGAUUUUGUACCCUCUUGAUACCUGCAAAACCAAGUACCAAGCCGAGGUUCAAGCCCAUGGACAACAAAAAUACAGGAACCUCUCAGAUGUAUUAUGGGAAGCGAUAUCUACCGGCAAAUUUCUUUCCUUAUACCAGGGUCUAGGCACCAAAAACCUGCAGUCGUUCAUUGCACAAUUUGUCUACUUCUAUGGAUAUAGCUACUUCAAAAGACUGUAUCUAGAAAAGAGUGGUUCCAAAUCAAUUGGAACAAAAGCAAACUUGAUUCUUGCUGCUGCAGCAGGGGCUUGUACUGCUAUUGUCACUCAGCCUCUGGAUACAGCCUCCUCAAGGAUGCAGACAAGUGCCUUUGGAAAAUCGAAAGGGCUCUGGAAGACCCUCACAGAGGGCACCUUGAGUGAUGCAUUUGAUGGCCUUGGCAUCUCUCUUUUGCUGACCUCCAACCCUGCAAUUCAGUAUACAGUUUUUGAUCAGCUGAAACAACGACUGCUUAAACAAAAACUGAAAGAAGCAGGCAAAGGUUCUUCCCCAGUGUUUCUAUCUGCCUUCACAGCUUUCCUGUUAGGUGCAGCAUCAAAGAGUGUUGCAACUUUUUUGACUUAUCCAGCAAUUAGGUGUAAGGUAAUGAUUCAAGCUGCAGAUCCCGAUGAUGAUGAUAGAACUAAGAAAGCUCAACCAAGAUCCCGUAAAACAGUGUCAGGAGUUAUCUAUGCUAUAUGGAGAAGGGAAGGGAUUCUUGGCUUUUUCAAGGGAUUACAGGCCCAGAUCACAAAGACAGUGUUAAGCUCUGCUUUGCUUCUGAUGAUCAAAGAGAAAAUUACAGCCACCACUUGGGUUCUUAUCCUUGUUAUCCGAAGGUAUCUAUUACUUACAAGGGGUAAAUUAAAAAAUGCGUGACAAGAGUAAUAUCAGUUAUAAUUGGGAGAUGAGUUAAUAAUCUCGCUUCAUUUGAAUACAAACCAUUUGUAAUUUAUAGGGUAAGGCUCGAAUUCUUUGAAGCAUAGCUGCAGCAACAUAGGUUCUCUUUUAGGUAAACACCAAUCAGAGCUAUCUCUUGUGGCUUCAACCUUGAAAUAAGUUUGUAUCUGAUGCAGGGAACAAUGCAAAAACAGACACAGUAAUAUUACUUGAACGGCAUGUUCUGUUCGAAUGAAA